UGAGGGACCUUUUUUCCAUCCUACCCUUAUCCCUCAAUUCGCUAAUUGCUCUCUCUGUCUUCCCCUAAUUCCGAAUUAGCCCCCAAUUCUAGGGUUUCCCUUCACCGGCCACUACCCUCCUCUUCCCUCUCAAUUUCCGGGAUUCAAUAUUCUCAACCUUUACCUCAACCGAAAUGUCAUCAUGCAAUUCAAUUUUGCAGUCCUCUUGUGACUUUGGUAUAUGCAGACGCUUGUCAUGGGUAGAGACUCAUUAGAUGAGCUUGUUGGCACCACAUCAGAAAAUUUCGGAACUUCUGACAAUAUUUUGGGAUGGCAAAGGGGAAGCUUAUAUUAAUUUGCCAAUCUGGUGGUGAGUUUUUGAAGGACGAUGAUGGAUCCUUGAAAUAUGCUGGAGGGGAGGCACAGGCAGUAAAUGUUAAUUGUGAAACGCUGUUUGAUGCUCUCAAGUUAAAAUUAGCUGAAAUGUGUAAUUUGGAAUAUAAAACCGUUUCCAUCAAGUACUUCCUUCCCGGAAACACUCGGACACUCAUCACUUUGUCAAAUGACAAAGACCUAAAAAGGAUGCUUGACUUCCAUGGGGAUUCAGUAAUAGCAGAUGUUUUUGUUAUGGGAACAGAAGGUUUUAACGGUGAUACCUUGAACAUAUUCACCAACAGUAAUACUUGCAGGGAGACUGGCAUAAAAGUAGCCGAGUCUGUGAACUGUGUUGUUGCACCCAAAGCUGCUGUGACUACAUCACCAGUUGAUGCUUCUGGUCCUGUGGGUACUUCUGCUGCUUGCGUUGCCACUAGGAGGACUAAAGCACGAAAGAAGGCUACUCCUGCUUUUACUGACUCAGUAACAGGUGUUGAUGCAACUGAAAGGAGGAGGCCCACUAAAGCAACUACAACCUCAAAUACUCCUCAUGAUGAUAGUGAUAAUUCCAGUGCUCCUCUGUACUCUCCUGCUAAUGUUGCUGCUAAGUCAAACGAUCACAACUUAAUUGAAGUAGAUAUGGGUACUACCCCCGCAGAUACCGUUAAGAAACGAAGACGUAUUGCCUCCUGGAAAGUUGGAGUCAAUGGCUCGACCAUUGUUGCUGUCCCUGAUGAUGAUGAUGCUGGGGACAAAAGACCACGAAAAAAGAAUAGUCGAAGUUUGGUGGCUGAUGAUGACAUGAGGCAAGAAGGGGAAGAAGUAGCUGGAGAAGAUGAUUUUGGUACUCCUCUUCUUCCCAACUCUGACGAUGUCUCUCUGGAAGAACUAAUUGCAUCUUGGAAAGAUGGUAUUACUGGUAUUGAUCAGGAUUUCAAAAAUGUGUAUGAGUUUCGCGAUGCAUUGCAGAAAUAUUCCAUUGCACAUUGCUUUGUGUACAGGUUAAAGAAUAAUGACAGUAAUCAUGCAAGUGGGGUAUGUGUAGUUGAAGGUUGUUCUUGGAGGAUUCAUGCAUCUUGGGUCCCGGCUGCUGCGUCAUUUAGGAUUAAAAAGUUCAAUAAUUCACACACAUGUGCAGGGGAAUCUUGGAAGUCCGCUCAUCCAACAAAGAAUUGGUUGGUGAAUAUAAUCAAGGACAAGUUACGAGAUUUCCCAUAUCAGAAACCCAAGGACAUUGCUAAUGGCAUUUUACGGGACUUUGGUAUUGAAUUGAACUAUACACAUGUACGGCGUGGAAUUGUUGAUGCUAGGGAACAACUUCAGGGCUCAUAUAAGGAGGCAUAUAAUCAGUUAUCUUGGUACUGUGAGAAGAUCAUGGAGACAAAUCCGGGUAGCUUUGUUAAGCUCGCAAUUGGUGAUGACAAAAGAUUUCAAUGCUUUUUCUUAUCCUUUCAUGCCUCGAUACAUGGUUUCCAAGAAGGUUGCCGUCCCCUUCUUUUCCUCGAAUCUACAUCCCUAAAAUCUAAGUGUCAUGAGGUUCUACUGACAGCAACCGCACUGGAUGCGGAUGAUGGUUUCUUUCCAGUUGCUUUUGCUAUAGUUGAUGUUGAGAAUGAUGAUAAUUGGCACUGGUUUUUGGAACAUUUGAAAUCAGCAUUGCCAGUUUCAGGAUCUGUAACUUUUGUUUCUGAUAGGGAGAAGGGGUUAAAGGAGUUAGUUUUUAAAGUAUUCGAGAAUGCUUGUCUUGGUUACUCCAUGUACCACCUUUUGGAAAGCUUCAAAAAAAGCUUAAAGGGUCCUUUCCAUGGGGAUGGGAAAGGUUCCUUACCUGGCAAUUUUGUAGCUGCUGCCCACGCAGUCCGUCUUCUUGGUUUCAAAAAGUAUACCGAGCAAAUUAAGCUGGUCUCUUCUGAUGCUUACAAUUGGGUCAUGCAAAUUGAGCCAGAAUAUUGGACAAGCACAUCAUUUAAGGGUGAGCGUCAUAACCAAAUUACACAAAAUGUUGCAGAGUUGUACAUUAAGUCGAUGGAGGAAGUGCGGGAAUCACCUAUAACACAGAAGAUAGAAGCGCUAAUACGUAUGAUUACAGAGUUGAUAAAUACACGUCGAAUGGAUUCAAGUAUGUGGCCUAUGAAACUUACUCCAUCAAAAAAGGAAAAGCUACAUGAAGAAAUUGUUGACGCACGCGGCCUUAAGGUGUUAAUGUCAUCUGAUGCCCUAUUUGAAGUUCACAAUGAUGCCAAUCACGUUGUAAAUCUUAAUAAAUGGGAGUGCACUUGCCUGGGGUGGCAAACUACAGGGCUACCUUGCCGCCACACUAUUGCUGUUCUCAAUCACACGUGCAGGAGCUUGUAUGAUUAUUGUUCAAAGUACUUCACCGUAGAUAGCUUCCAUUUAACAUAUUCUGAGUCCAUAAGCCCUGUGGCUGCUGUUGUCGAGCCUGCGGAGGAAGAGACUGCCUCGGACAUCGUGCAUGUGCUUCCUCCUUGUCCCUCCUCCCGAUCACGAAGUCAACCAAAGGCAAAAGAGGCCAACAUGCCAGAACAAACUACAAGGGUAGAUUCAUGCACCAACAGCAAGGAAGCAGGGCAUAAUAAAGAUUCUUGUGAGGCUAAAGAGGCCAAUGUUCUAGAACCGACGACAACGGUAGAUUCAUGCACGAACAGCAAGGAAGCAGGGCAUAAUAAAGAUUCUUGGGAGGCUAAAGAGGCCAAUGUUCUGGAACCGACGACAACGGUAGAUUCAUGCACGAAAAGCAAGGAAGCAGGGCAUAAUAAAGAUUCUUGUGAGGCUAAAGAGGCCAAUGUUCUGGAACCGACGACAAUGGUAGAUUCAUGCACGAACAGCAGGGAAGCAGGGCAUAAUAAAGAUUCUUGUGAGGCUAAAGAGGCCAAUGUUCUGGAACUGACGACAAUGGUAGAUUCAUGCACGAACAGCAAGGAAGCAGGGCAUAAUAAAGAUUCUUGUGAGGCUAAAGAGGCCAAUGUUCUGGAACCGAUGACAAUGGUAGAUUCAUGCACGAACAGCAAGGAAGCAGGGCGUAAUAAAGAUUCUUGUGAGGCUAAAGAGGCCAAUGUUCUGGAACCGACGACAAUGGUAGAUUCAUGCACCAACAGCAAGGAAGCAGGGCAUAAUAAAGAUUCUUGUGAGGCUAAAGAGGCCAAUGUUCUGGAACCAACGACAAGGGUAGAUUUUUGCACUAACUGCGAGGAAGCAGGGGAUAACAAAGCUGAUUGCGAGGCUACGUUGUAGCUUCUGUGCUUCCUCUUGUAUGGUAUUAUUCUGUACAUUUCUCUAUAAUCAAUUACUGAGGUAGUCUCAUUUAUUCAGCAAGUUGAAUAUGCACUUCUGUCACUAAUGGAAUUGUAUGUUGUAGUUUUAGCAUUGUCUUAAACUCUCUUGUUGGCUUUCCAACAACUAAUUUAAGAAUUUCUUUUUCAAGUUUUUGAGUUUCUAUCAA